AUGACUCUCUAUUACAGUCUUGUCUUCCUCCUCCUGGUGUUUGAGAUGGCCGUUUUCCUGGCUCUCAUCAUCCCUCUUCCCUUCACCAUCAAGCGCAAGCUGUUUGCCUUUAUCUCGGAAAGUCCGAUCAUCGCGAAGCUGCAGUACGGCUUGAAGAUUACCUUCAUCUUCAUCUUGAUUUUGUUCCUCGACAGCGUCAACCGUGUCUACCGUGUCCAGCAAGAGCUUGCUGCCUUCUCCAGAGAUGGCGGCGGUGUCGGUGCUGCCCACCUGGGCACUGACCGCAUGGAGGUGCAGGCUCGCAAGUUCUACUCGCAGCGUAACAUGUACCUUUGUGGCUUUACUCUUUUCCUCUCCCUGAUUCUCAACCGCACCUACACCAUGAUCCUCGAGGUCCUCCGUCUCGAGGACCGCGUCAAGCUGCUGGAUGGUGACAAGAAGGCUGGUGGUAAGGACUCUGCCCGUAUCGCCGAGGCUGGCUCCGUUGGUGAGAUUGGUCGCUUGAAGGAGGAGCUCGCUGCCAAGGACCGUGAUAUCGAGACAUUGAAGAAGCAGUGCGAGGGUCUCACUCGCGAGUACCACAAGCUCGGCGAUGAGGUCUCCUCCGGCAAGGCGGAUAAGAACGAGAAGAAGGGCCAGUAA